AUGGAUCUAAACUACUACGAUCACUACAUCAACAAGGAGAAUGGUUCCUAUGUGGUCUGGCGAGAUUUGACCUUCAAUAACCAAUCCACCUUUGACAUUAUCAAUUUCGGCCUCUCGGAAAAGAAGUUACAAUUAUCUGAUGAUACAACUCAUCAAUUCCGAAGAAAUUUAAAUGAAUUUUCUCUCUCUGCAGCCUUUAAUAAGGUUCCCCAACGUACGAAUCCGAUAGUUAAUGGAGAAUCCGAUCAGAAGAGAGUUUCUCUCUAUAUUGAAAAUUGCCACUAUCAAAUAUUCGAUUUUUCCAAACAAUAUUUCAAGAGAAUUGUUUUUGAAAAUUGUUCAAAUUGUGAAAUUUAUUUAGGAAAAACAUUUGGUGGAUAUGAAUUCAGUAAUUGUUCCAAUCUUACUAUUCAAUUUACUAAAAAUGUUGAGAAUUUGAGUACUAUUCUAGAGGAUUCUAAAUUCAUUUCCAUUAUUUUCCAUUUUAAAUUAUCAGAAAUGAAUGAAAUGAGAAUAGUUUCGACUAAUUUAUUUGGAGUCAAAGUCAUGUAUCAGAGUGAUCCCUCAUCAAAGAGAAAAAACGAUUCAAUUGUAAAUAUUAAUCAUUCAACUUAUGAAUUUGUAAAUUUGGAUCAAAUUGGAAUUUCCAAUCGAUUUGUAGAGAUUACAAAAAAACAAUUACAAUCAAAUUUACAAUCAAAUACUUUUCAUAGAAAAUUCUUUCACGAUUCAUUGAAUGAUAUUAACAUUAUUACACAAUUCUCACAUGACUCUGAUGAAUAAUUCCCUUUCAAUACCGUUCAGUACUAUUUAACCUUUACAAAAAAAUGUAUUUAAAUAUUUAAAUGUUUGUAUUUU